CAGCAACAAUAAACUAAAGGUUAAAUCAACACUUAAACUGUUCCAUUAGUUUAACAUAGUCCAAAAAUGCAGGCUUAUCAUGCAUGCACCAAUGAACCAUUCAGGUUGUUUACAUUUCCGCCAACCAUUCAAACAAGAAUGUUUUCUCAGGAGCUGCUGUUUCUUUCUCUCCGUAUAUCUUCUAAUCAUAGUUUCCACCGUAGGUUUGGGUGGAUUGCUUGUCGUAUUCGUUUUGAAGCCUCAAAAGCCGGUGUUUUCAAUCCAAACCGUAAGAUUAGAUGCGUACCAGUUGAACGUUUAUUCCAACACAACCCUGUUUGUCUCGGCUGUUGCAUCCAUGGUUCUAAAUGCUAGCAAUCCUAACAAAAUUGGCCUCAGAUACAGCCCUUCAAGGCUUCAACUCUACUCAGAAGGACUUCCGAUGGCGGUUAUCCGAGUUCCCGGGUUCUUUCAACCCGCUCAUAGUAACAAUGUCAGUUUGACGACAAGGGUUUUGAUUCCUUGUGUGAAUGUUACCCAAAUUCUGGGCGGGGCUUGGUUGCAAGACCAGCAGGGGCACAACAUUGUUCCAAUGAAACUAUCAGGUGACAUUAGAGUGAACCUCCAUUUUACACACAUAACCCUGCCAAAGAUCAAGGUGGCCUUGGAUUGUGACAUAAGUUUCGAGUAUAAGGAAUUGGCCUUCUUAAACGAAGCUUAUAUCAAGAAACCACCUAAAGAUCUACUUGUAAGUGUUGCUUCAGAUAUAAAAUUAUUUACGCAGUUUCCCUUGAUUAACCAUCAAGCUCUCUUGGAUGCUAUUUUGUUUAAAAAAAUUCUCGACUUUGCAGGCAUCUUUUUCAAAUGAUUCCAACUCCUUUCUCAAGAGAUGUGCUUUGGCUAUCUACGUAUAAAAGAAAUCGGCAGUUUCCUUGAUAAGGAAGUUUCUUUUUUUUCCCCUGAAUGUAUAGAAGCUUUAGAUAAUGAGGCUGUGUAUAAUAUUAUAUUAAGCCAAGAAAGAUGUUGGGCAGAAUGAAAGAAUAAAAAGUUGUGUGGAAA